CUCGUGGCAGCCCUCAUGGUUGUUCAUGGCGACACCGUGCCCCAAGAGCUGCCACUGCUCGGAGAGGAACGGCGCGUGGUGGUGCAGUGCGUCUCCCGGAGCCUUGACAGAUCCCCCGGACCUACCGGAAGACACCGUCACCCUCCUGCUCUCGUCCAACCGGAUCAGCCACAUCCCCAACCAGGCCUUCAAGGACCUCCGCCGCCUCAAGGAACUGGACCUGUCGCAUAACCACAUCGAGAGUAUCGACGCAGGGGCCUUGGGGGUCUCCGAGGGACUCCGCUCCCUGGACCUCUCCAACAACCAGCUCCGCAGCGUCCCCAAGGAGGCCUUCACCAAGCUGAGUGCCCGUAUAAGACUCUCCAACAACCCCUGGCACUGCGAGUGUUCCCUCCAGGAGGUACUGAGGGAGCUGAGGCUGGACCCUGAGACGGUCAACGAGGUGAGCUGCCACACCUCUGUCCAGGACGAGUACGCCGGCMGGCCCRUCAUUCAGGUCCUGGACUCUGGCAUCAACUUCUGUAACUUCCACCACAAGACCACCGACGUGGCCAUGUUCGUGACCAUGUUCUGCUGGUUCGCCAUGGUGAUCGCCUACGUCAUCUACUACGUCAGGCACAACCAGGAGGACGCGAGGAGACACAUGGAGUACCUCAAGUCUCUACCCAGCUCCUCCCAGAUCAGCAAGGACUUUGACACAGCCAGCACUGUGCUCUAGCAGUGGGCUAUGUGUGKUGGCAGUGACAGCGGUGGGGGUUCUWACAUGUCCAUGGGAUAGUUCACACAGUGGYAAACUUGCAAGGUGUAUGUAACUAUUUUUAAUGUGAAGACGGGCCUCUGGACAAGCCACGGUACUGCACCUGCCCGUCUGCACGUGCCUGACCGGCUCGGUUUGUCAGUGCCAUCAACAUGCCCCUUUUUGUGUCGACUGUUUAUGAAGUCAUGUGAUCAAUACCUUUUGAGAUUUCUGACUCAAUUCCGACCUACUUUUUUGUCGACUGUUAUAAUUUUAAUUUUACAGUAUUUAUUGUUUAUUGGGAAGAAACAUGACCUCUAUUUCUCAUYGUCAUAUGUUUUMCCAACAGUAGGAUUUAAUGAGAAAUAUAUUGUAUAAGUCUCUGAGAGUGUCUCCAUAUUGAUUUGGUUGUUGUGAUUGGUUGUAGUGCUGUACAGUACUAUUGAUCUWSUCAUUAUGAUUGGCUGUUACACUGGACUGAAUGUUCAUCUUGUGUCUUCAAGUGCCUAGAAACAGUAAACAGUACCUCAACCAAGGCACUGUGA